AAUUUGCCGAACGGCUCCGGCUCCGCGGAAGGAAGCGCUCGGCUGCUGUGAGGCGAUAGCCGGAGUGCGGAGCCGCGUGUGGCUUUCUAGAACAAACCGAAGCUGAACGUGUCUGAACGUGGCUUUGCGUGCGAGUCUCCGGCUGCUGUGGCUUCAUAAUGUCUGUCCUUUGCUACAAUAAGGGAUGUGGACAGCGUUUUGACCCUGAGAACAAUCCAGAAGAUGCUUGUACGUAUCACCCUGGAGUUCCAGUUUUUCAUGAUGCACUGAAGGGUUGGUCCUGCUGUAAGAGACGAACAACUGAUUUCUCCGAUUUCCUUAGUAUUGCUGGUUGUACAAAAGGCCCUCAUAACAAGGAGAAGCCCCCCGAGCCUGUCAAACCUGAAGUCAAGUCAUCUGGAGAAAAGAAGGACGUGGAUGGUCUUAAGCCAAAGUGUAUUGAGUCUAUCGUCCAAGCACCAAAACCUGCUGAAUGUUUUCGGCGACCAAGUCCGGAUGAGCCCAUCUCAAGACUUCAGCAGAAGGUCUCCGCCUCACUCAAGCAGGCUUUAGAAAAGCUCAAGCUGUCUGAAAAUGCCCCCGACAAAAAAGAAGAGGAAGGAGAUGAAAUUAAGAUUGGAACAUCUUGUAAGAAUGGAGGCUGCACUAAGACCUUCAGUGGACCAGAGAGUGAUGAAGAAGUCUGCUCUUUUCAUGCCGGAGUCCCCAUCUUCCAUGAAGGGAUGAAAUACUGGAGCUGCUGCAAGAGGAAAACAUCUGACUUCAACACUUUUCUCUCACAAGAGGGAUGUUCCAAAGGAAAGCAUCUGUGGCGCAAGAAGGACUUGGGUAAAAAGGUUGUUCCAUGCAGGUUUGAUUGGCACCAAACAGGGAGUCAAGUCACCAUAACCGUCUACGCUAAAAACUCCAUCCCUGAACUGAGCUAUGUGGACGGGAACAGCACCACACUGGAUAUUCACAUUAUAUUUGAUGGAGAUAAAGAAUUUGAACAGAAGAUCAUCUUAUGGGGUGUCAUCGACAUCAGUAAAAGCACAAUGAACAUGAUGGCUGCGAAGAUAGAGAUCGUUUUGAAGAAAGCCGAGCCAGUGUCUUGGGGGCGGCUGGACCUUCCACCUGUGACCAGUCCGCCCAAAGAAACGGAGAAGAAGAAAGAAAGCGAUAGUGAUGAUGAUUAAACGAACAUGCAAGAGCAACAGUGAAGUACUGUAUGAAGUCUUCAAAAAUGAAUCUGUAAUGCAAGAAGUUCAGGAAGAUGACUAGGUGCAUGAAAGCGUUUCCUUCUGUGAAGACUAGUUUUUUUUCUACAUGUCCUGAUGUCACUGCAGUUUGCAACAUGCCAGUGCUUUUUAGCUUUUCACAUUCCAAAGAAUAUCAUUUGAAAUUACUGUAAUGAUUGUAUUAGGUUUUUAAAGAGUGGUUGUUUGGUACUUUGCACCAGCAGCCAGCACGUUUUCCACACUUGGAGCUUGAGAGUUCCAGAGCCAGUUUAACAAACUUGAAAGUAACAUGCUGUUGUCCCAUUGUCAACUGUUUCAGGAGAUAUUGGAAGAGCUUUUGUCAUCUUUAUCAUUGUAUCACAUUCCUAUCUUUCCCCCUCCAUGUUUUAAGAUAUGCCUAUGACAACUGAGUUUAUUAAAGGUUGGACCACUCGCA